CUCCGCUCGGGCACUGGUGCGCCGUGGAGCCCCCGGCGCCGGGGGGCGGAGACAGCUCGGUCCGGGCCGCGCGGGGCCGGGGCAGCCCCGGUUCCGCCUCCAGCCGCGCUGGGCUGAGCCCAGAGCCGGGAAGAGUCGGUUCUGAGUUCCCUGUGGGUGUGCGGCCGCGGCAGAGGGGAACAUGGCGCUCGUGGGCAGCCGAGUGGAACUGGACGCCGAUGAGGACAUCUUUGAAGAUGCCUUGGAGACGAUCUCUAUGUCUCCCUCGGACAUGGCAACAAGCGGCUUUCACUUCGUACCAUGUGACACCAAACGGGCAUCCAGACAGCUUGGAGAGUCUGCUGUGGGCAGUUCAUCAGCCAAGGUGGAUCUCAAGAGUGGUCUGGAAGAGUGUGCGGAGGCAUUGAACUUAUUUCUAAGUAACAAAUUUAAAGAUGCCUUAGAGUUGCUUCGUCCAUGGGCCAAGGAGAGCAUGUACCAUGCCUUGGGAUACAGUACCAUUGUGGUGUUGCAGGCUAUCAUGACCUUUGAGCAACAGGACAUCCAGAAUGGCAUUUCCGCCAUGAAGGACGCCUUGCAAACCUGCCAGAAAUACAGGAAGAAAUGCACAGUUGUGGAGUCUUUCUCAAGUCUCCUGUCUCGGGGGUCGCUGGAACAGCUGAGUGAAGAGGAAAUGCAUGCAGAAAUCUGUUAUGCCGAGUGUCUCCUACAGAAAGCAGCACUCACGUUUGUGCAGGAUGAAAAUAUGAUCAACUUCAUCAAAGGUGGACUCAAAAUUAGAACAAGUUACCAAAUAUAUAAAGAGUGCCUUUCCAUCCUACACGUGAUUCAAAAGAACAAACAAGAACAGCACUUCUUCUACGAGUUUGAAGGAGGUGUCAAGCUCGGGACAGGGGCCUUUAACUUGAUGCUGUCUCUUUUACCAGCAAGAAUUAUCAGAUUGCUAGAAUUUAUUGGAUUUUCUGGAAACAGGGACCUAGGCCUCCUGCAGCUACGGGAAGGCGCAUCAGGAACUAGCAUGCGGUCCCCGCUCUGUUGCCUUACCAUCCUGGCUUUUCAUACCUACAUCUCCCUUAUUCUCGGUACAGGAGAAGUGAACGUGGUGGAAGCAGAGAGUCUCCUCGCACCCUUCCUUCAGCAGUUCCCAAAUGGCUCGCUCAUACUGUUCUAUCAUGCCCGAAUCGAGCUGCUGAAGGGCAAUGUUGAGAAGGCUCAAGAAACGUUUCGAAAAUGCAUUUCAGUUCAAGAAGAGUGGAAACAGUUUCACCAUCUCUGUUACUGGGAGUUAAUGUGGAUUUAUAUAUACCAACAAAAUUGGAUGCAGGCGUAUUAUUAUUCAGACCUACUUUGCAAAGAGAGUAAAUGGUCCAAGGCAACAUAUGUGUUCUUGAAAGCUGCCAUUUUGAGCAUGCUUCCAGAGGAGGAUGUGGCGACGACUAAGGAGAAUGUGGUGGCUCUGUUCAGACAGGUAGAUGGUUUGAAGCAGAGGAUCGCGGGGAAAUCUCUUCCAACUGAGAAGUUCGCUGUGAGGAAGGCUCGUCGGUACUCACCCUCCUCAGGCGCCCCAGGAAAGCUCGUCCUGCCCGCCCUGGAGAUGAUGUACGUCUGGAAUGGCUUUUCAAUAGUGGGCAAAAGAAAGGACCUUUCUGAAAACCUCUUGGUGACUGUGGAGAAGGCUGAGGCAGCUUUGCAAAACCAGAACUUUACUGACUCGGUGGAUGAUGAGUGCUUAGUGAAACUGCUAAAAGGAUGCUGCCUCAAGAACUUACAGCGGCCCCUGCAAGCUGAGCUGUGUUUCAACCACGUUGUGGAAAGUGAAAAGCUACUGAAGUAUGACCACUAUCUGGUGCCAUUCACUCUGUUUGAGUUGGCAUUUUUGUAUAAAAGCCAAGGGGAAGUUGACAAGGCCAUAAAGGCCCUCGAAACUGCAAGAAACAACUACAAAGACUACUCCUUGGAGUCCAGACUACAUUUCAGAAUCCAAGCAGCCCUUCAUCUCUGGAGGAAGCCGUCCUCAGACUGAUGGGGUGGAUGGGAAAGCACAGGCGGCAUCCCCCAGUUAACACGGACUCUUGCUGUGGAGAUCAGUGCAGGUGGAGCCGGGAUCCUUUGACUAAGGAAGGAGACUCUUGUCAGGUGCUUCCUGUCACCUGAGUGGCUUAGUGGUGGUCUGCCUAUUUUCCCCAAUGGAAUGGCAUUCAAUAUUGUAUAGAAAUUCUUAUACUCUGCCUUUAAAAAGAAUUUCACAUUAGAUUUCAAUUGAGGGACGAAGUCUUUUAAAAGACUGGCAGGUACAAUAAAGUCUAGUUAGAUUA